AUGCGGGAGACCUCACUUUGUUGCGGCGUUUGCUACAAGAAGACCGGCUCCUGCUCCACAGGCAAGCCAUCGCCGCGGCUCACCUGUCGGACAGCCCCCUCCACAUCGCUGCAUCGCUCGGCCACUCCGACCUGGUGCGCCGUAAACCCGGAGCUCGCGCAUGGCCGCAACAGCGAAGGCCUUUCCGCCUUGCACCUGGCCGCUGCCCAAGGCCACUUAUCCGUGGUGAACGAGCUGCUGCAGUACGCAGCCGCUGCCAAUCUCUGCUUGGCGACCGACAACGAUGGCUUAAUGCCGGCCCACAAUGCAGCCUUACGAGGCAGGCUUGAUGUAUUGACUGUGUUACUGGAUGCGUGCCCGGAGUCCGCGCGAGCUGUGACAUCGCAAGGUGACUCCAUCCUUCAUCUUACUGUGAAAUCAAACAGCUUCGAGACCGUGCAGUUGUUGCUGAACAGAACGGAUGAGAACGAUGAGCUACUCAACUCUGGAGAUGCGAAAGGCAACACCGUCCUGCACCUUGCUGUGGCCAGAAAACAGCUCCAGGUAGGUAUUCCUGAUCCCGAUUAG